GGCAUGUGUCCUGCGGCCCGUGUCUUGUGGGCUGUGGGCUGCAAUGCUCGUUGCCACUGCAGCGCCGAGAGAAGUUGCCGAAUAUCAGGAAGCGCCGCUGACGAGACGACGUUGAGUGAUCUCAACUCUGACCGGUGGCUGGUCACUACGAUGUAUGUACCCCACUGCUGGUGAGAGGUAAUAUCGCCACAGGGGAGCACACGGACCUCAUAGCAGUCUGUCAGGAAACGGCUCCACUCUGCUCCAGCAACUGGCUUUUAUCCCGCGUCCACACGCUCUGGGCUUCAGCCGAUAUUCAUUCCAAGCACACAAACGUGAAAGAGCAAUUCGGCAAGGAACAUACCAGAAUGGCAGCCUUCCCGCAGCCCGAUUUUCACCAGGACAACUACGGCCCAUCUUACGCGACGCCUUAUGGCGGCCCCGGGCCUGUGCAUCCAUAUAACGGUCCCAAUGGGCCUUCCGGAGGCGGCAUGCCGAUGCCAGACUACAGCACCGCUCCGCUCAGCGGCUACGGCAGCCGCGGAUACGACUCGUCGCAAGGACCCUACCCACCGCAGCAGUCACAACAAGUAGGCUAUCCACAGCAGCAGCAGCCGUCUAUGAUCCCAGGAUACCAAGAUUCCGCGCGCGGCACCGGCGGCGAAGCGGGAGCGUACUAUUCGCAGCCUCCCCAGCAGUCAGACGCGUACCCUCGGCAGCAGCAACAACAACAACAGCAGCAGCAGCAGCAGCAGCAGAUGUACGACGAGAAUGGAAACCCCAUCGAAGGCGGUGAGCGUGGGCUCGGCACGAUGGCGAUGGGCGGUAUCGCAGGGCUCGCAGUGAACAAGAUGACAGGCGGGCACCACGGCGGCAUGACGUCUGCGCUCGGCGGCGCGCUCCUGGCACAAGGCGCCAAGAUGGCAGUGGAGAUGAUGAAGGACAAGGGUAAUCAUGGGCACAAGCAGAACAUGUUCGGCGACCACCAGCAGCCCCAAUACGGCAAGCCGCCACCACACUAUGGGGCGCAGCAGAACCAUCCUCAUGGAGGCCAAGGCUUCUUUGGUCUCUGAUCGCACGCCGAAAGGCAUCAGCGCCUCUUCUCGACUCUUGUCCCCCUGUGUACCGCUCACUGUCCUGCCUGUGCUCUUGCGCACGUGCAUCUCGCUGAUAUGCGCUUCGAGUCUUUCAUAUUCUGUCUAUCGUCGCACUCGCUGUAUCAAUAGGAUGAUUGAUGAAUUCCAUCUCCCCCACUGCACGCG